AUCAUUCGCAUAUCCAUUCGCAAGCUUUUUGUUAAUCAAUUCUGAGCUCUGCGUCUCUUUUUCAUUUCCCUUUCCUUUUCGAUUUUCUGUCACUUUUUCUCGAGAAAAUAUGACUAUCCUCAUUGACCAGCCUGAGCUAGGGUCACAACCGGAGAAGCUUUACUCUGAGACCAUUGAGUUGGUGUUGGACGGCGGAUUUCCGGUGCCGAAAGAUGGGUUUAUGGCGCCUGAGAUCAAUUCGUUUGGGAACUCAUUCAGGGAUUAUGAUGCGGAGAGCGAGAGGCAGAAGACCGUGGAGGAGUUCUAUAGAAUAAACCACAUUAACCAGACAUAUGAUUUUGUGAAGAAGAUGAGAGAGGCGUAUGGGAAAUUGGACAGGGUAGAGAUGAGCAUAUGGGAAUGCUGUGAGCUUCUCAAUGAUGUUAUAGAUGAUAGUGAUCCUGACUUGGAUGAGCCUCAGAUUGAGCACUUGUUGCAGACUGCUGAAGCCAUCAGGAAAGACUAUCCCAAUGAAGAUUGGCUCCACUUGACUGGCCUUAUUCAUGAUCUUGGAAAGGUCCUGCUUCAUCCUAGCUUUGGAGAGCUUCCUCAAUGGGCUGUUGUUGGUGACACCUUCCCUGUUGGGUGUGCUUUUGACGAGGCCAAUGUCCAUCACAAGUAUUUCAAGGAAAACCCAGAUUACAACAACCCUCAUUACAGCACCAAGAAUGGAAUUUACUCUGAAGGGUGUGGUCUAGACAAUGUAAUGAUAUCUUGGGGACAUGAUGACUACAUGUACUUGGUAGCCAAGGAAAAUAAAUCAACUCUACCUCCAGCAGCAUUGUUUAUCAUCAGAUACCAUUCCUUCUAUCCUCUACACAGAUAUGGAGCAUACAAACACCUAAUGAAUGAAGAGGAUGUUGAGAAUUUGAAGUGGCUUCAUAUAUUCAACAAGUAUGAUCUCUACAGUAAGAGCAAGGUUAGAAUUGAUGUUGAAAAGGUCAAGCCAUACUAUCUCUCCCUCAUUGAAAAGUAUUUCCCUGCAAAGCUCAGAUGGUGAAGAGAGGCUAAGGCAUAAUGGAUCAAGAAAAGGGAUUAAUUUUUUAUUCCUUCAAGUGACCUUGGAGAUUGAAACAGUUAGUAUGUAUGAAUAACUUAAUAAGGAAGCUUGAUGGGCUUGCUUCAGUUUAUUCUGUAUAUCACUGUAUCCUGUAUCAAAUACUAAUGUUUGUACCAUGCCUUUAAUUUGUUUUGAGAAAAACAUUUCUCAGCUUCAAUAAAUGAUCAUGAAUCUUGACUUA